AAGCAGGCAGUUUUCUUCCGUGCCCUCCCUCCCCCCGCCUCCUACAUGAACAGCAGAGGCUCCAUUUUGUUUGGUUUUUGCGGUCACACAGUCGACACAGCCUGCAAGGAAACAACGCCAAAGCCGCUUAAAAGAUAACCGUUACCAACGACACCAACAAUGAGUGGUUGUCGUAUUUUCAUCGGCCGUUUGAGCCCAUCAGCCAGAGAGAAGGAUGUGGAGAGGUUCUUCAAAGGAUACGGCCGCAUUCGAGAUAUCGACCUCAAGAGAGGCUUUGGAUUUGUGGAGUUUGAUGACCCCAGAGAUGCCGAAGAUGCAGUUUAUGAGCUUGAUGGCAAAGAGUUGUGCAAUGAAAGGGUGACCAUUGAACACGCCCGUGUACGUCUGCGUGGCGGCCGUGGCAGAGGAAGCGGCGGUGGCGGUGGCGGUGGUAGUGCAGGAGGACGUUUCUCUGAUCGCUAUGGCAGAGGUUCCCAGAACAGUCGGAGCCGAAACCCUCCUCCGAUGCGCACUGAGAACCGCCUGAUUGUGGAGAACCUUUCCUCUCGUGUUAGCUGGCAGGACCUGAAAGAUUUCAUGAGACAAGCUGGAGAGGUGACAUUUGCCGACGCACAUCGCCCCAAGCUCAACGAAGGGGUUGUUGAGUUUGCCUCUUGCAGCGAUCUGAAAAAUGCCAUGGACAAACUGUCUGGGAAGGAAAUCAAUGGCAGGAAAAUCAAGCUCAUUGAGGCAGCCAGAAAGAGGUCGAGAAGUCGUUCCCGGUCUGAGAGCUCCUCUCGCUCCCGCUCCCGUUCUCGUGGCCGCUCUCCAUCCCGCUCCCCCAGACGCUCCCGCAGCCCCGCCCACAAGGCCCACAACCGUUCCCGCUCCCCCAGCGUGUCCCCCGUCGGCGGCGCUUCCUCCCCAACCUCCAAAUCAAAGGACCCCCCUAAACGGUCCUCCAAGACGAGCAAAUCUGCCACCCCGCCCUCCCCUCCUCCUGCUCAGAGAGCCUCCGUCUCCCGUUCUCGCUCCCGUUCCCGCUCUCGUUCCCGCUCCCGUUCCCGUUCCCGCUCUCUUUCUACUGACAGCCAGCGCUAAACGCUUCGUUUAAGCUUAAUGGGAAAUCAACAGUAGAAACGACUCGAUUUAACAGUUGGAGGAGUUGACCCACUGGAGCUCCCGUGACCACUUCUGAAAGCCGAGACCACAGCUUUCCUCGAGUAGUUUUUUUUUUUAUUUUUAUUUUUUUUCCCUCUGGAUUGUCAUAACUAUCAUCAAGCUUUUCACAUUUAAACACCGCUACAUUGUCAGGCAGGAACAAUGAUGUUCAGUCAAUCAUUUUAUUCUCAUUAUGGGGCGUUUGAAUUAAAUAACUUAAACAGAGGACGCUUGUUAAACAGUGAUGCUGUUUGUGUCCCCCUCAUUGCCCAUCAAGAUUAAACCUAUAUGUAUGUUGCACCCUCCAAAUGUAUUCGUCCAGCUCGGCUGCAGGUCCUCCACUGCUGCACCAUUUUUCCGUACUGACGCACAGUUUCUCUCACGAAAUGCCCAAGUGAACCAGCGUCAGGUCUCACUGUUACGGAGUCUUUGAUGGAAUCUGUUUUUUUUUUGUUUUGUUUUUUUGGCAGGACUUGGAGGCUUUUUGUGUGACUACUUUCUUGCAAUACUUUUGCUUGUUUUUUGCUUGUCCAUGGGAGAGUUUUUAAUCACUUUCCACAUUUUUGUCUGUAUCAUGUGAUCCAAGUCCUUUUGCCU